UAGACAUGCCGACAUUGUUAUCCGACCUGCAGGUACUUGCCAGGGUGUAAUUGCACUAAACAUGGAAGACGGAACACUGCAUCGUUUCCGCUCCGCACAAACAAUUUUGGCCACUGGGGGUUAUGGCAGAGCAUACUUCUCAGCAACCUCAGCACAUACUUGCACAGGAGAUGGCAAUGCCAUGGUUGCACGUGCCGGUCUUCCACUCCAGGACUUGGAGUUUGUUCAGUUCCACCCAACUGGUAUAUAUGGAGCCGGAUGUCUCAUCACUGAAGGAUCUCGAGGUGAAGGUGGGAUCCUUAGAAAUAGUGAAGGUGAACGUUUUAUGGAACGAUAUGCUCCAACUGCCAAGGAUCUUGCAUCAAGAGAUGUUGUCUCCAGAUCUAUGACUAUGGAAAUCAGGGAAGGUCGUGGUGUAGGGCCGCAUAAGGAUCAUAUCUUUCUCCAUUUGAAUCAUCUUCCACCAGAAGUUCUGAAAGAAAGGCUUCCUGGAAUCUCUGAGACAGCUGCAAUCUUUGCUGGUGUUGACGUUACCAAAGAGCCAAUUCCAGUUUUGCCCACUGUCCACUACAACAUGGGUGGUAUUCCAACAAAUUACCACGGCGAGGUAGUGACCAUAAAAGGACAUGAUCCAGAUGCAGUGGUUCCUGGGCUUAUGGCUGCUGGGGAGGCAGCUUGUGCAUCUGUUCAUGGUGCCAACAGGCUUGGUGCAAAUUCUCUCCUCGAUAUUGUUGUGUUCGGCCGUGCUUGUGCAAAUAGGGUUGCAGAGAUAAGCAAACCAGGUGAGAAACAGAGACCUCUAGAGGAGAAUGCAGGUAAGAAGACAAUCGAAUGGCUGAACAAGUUAAGACACUCAAGCGGGUCGCUUCCUACAUCAAGUAUCAGGUUGAACAUGCAGAGGAUUAUGCAGAACAAUGCAGCUGUGUUCCGCACCCAAGAAACACUGGAAGAAGGUUGUCAGUUGAUCGACAAGGCAUGGGAAAGUUUCGAGGAUGUCCAGGUUAAAGAUCGGAGUUUGAUAUGGAACUCUGAUCUGAUAGAGACAAUAGAGUUGGAGAACCUUCUGAUAAACGCAUCCGUAACAAUGCAUUCAGCGGAAGCACGAAAGGAAAGCAGAGGAGCACAUGCUCGGGAGGAUUUCACGAAAAGGGAGGAUGGAGAAUGGAUGAAGCAUACAUUGGGGUACUGGGAAGAUGAGAAAGUGAGGUUGGAGUAUAGGCCUGUUCACAUGGACACUCUCGACGAUGAGAUUGAGACUUUCCCUCCCAAAGCUCGCGUCUAUUGAUUUCUCUUCCCUCAAACAAGCAAGCUGCAGCUCUUCUUUAGGUGUCAUCGGAAUAAUAAUAUCAGAAGAAAAAGAGGGAACUAGGAGAAUACACAAAGGAGCGUUCCUCGUCCUCUGAGUUUUACAUUUUUACACCUGAAUGGUUGUGAGUAAUAAAAUGAGAAAACCCGUUAAUUUGAUUGGUAUAAUUCUCUUUGAUAUCACUUUCUUGUUAGCAUUUUCACUGUCUCCGACUAUUCUCUUUGAUAUCACUGUUAUUUUACCGCGAAA